AUGGUUUCUGUUAUUACAUCCACCGACGAGUUUAAGACCGUUAUCCAAUCCGAAAACUUGGUUGUUGUUGACUUCUUCGCCACCUGGUGCGGACCAUGUAAAAUGAUUGCUCCGUUAUUGGAGAAGUUCUCCAAGGAGUACACCACCGCGUCGUUCUACAAGGUGGAUGUCGAUGAGUUGGCCGAAGUUGCCGCCUCUCAGGAAAUUUCCUCCAUGCCAACCUUGUUGUUCUUCAAGAAGGGUGUCGUUGUCGCCAAGGUUAUUGGUGCCAACCCACCAGCCAUCAAGCAAGCUAUUGCCGCCAACGUUUAG